ACCCGAGGGCGGCGGGUUGAUUUAUAAAAGAGAAGCGCCUCUUCGUAAACCAAAACUCACCACCAUUCCUCUGCCCCACUCCCCUCCCCUCCCCUCCAUCCAUGGCGAUCGUCGCCGUCCUCAUCUCCUCCCUCGCCUUCCUACUCCUCGCCGCGGCUUGGUCCAUCCUAUCCUCCUACAUCCUCACCCCUCUCCGCAUCCGACGACUCAUGCAAAAACAAGGCGUUCCAGGCCCCAAACCUCGCUUCCUCCUCGGCAAUCUCCCCGACAUCGCCUCCCUCCUCUCCCAAUCCACCUCCUCCGACAUGCCCUCCGUCGACCACAACAUCGUCGCCCGCCUCCUUCCUCACUACCACCUCUGGUCCAAAAUCUAUGGGAAGAGAUUUGUCUUCUGGUAUGGGAGCGAGCCGAGGCUUUGUCUAACGGACACGGAGCUGAUAAAGGAGUUCUUGUCGUCCAAAUAUGUGCAGAUCUCCGGCAAGUCAUGGCUACAAUUGCAGGGAUCGAAGCACUUCAUUGGGCAGGGCUUGCUGAUGGCCAACGGCUACAAAUGGCUGCACCAACGCCAUGUAGUUGCGCCGGCCUUCAUGGGAGAGAAGCUAAAGAGCCAGAUGGGUUAUAUGGUGGAGUGUACGAAGAAGACGAUUCAUGCACUCAGCGCCGCCGUGGCAGCCGGCGGCGGCGAAAAAGAAGUGGAGAUCGGUGAGUAUUUGACUAGGCUCACCGGAGAUAUCAUAUCCAGGACUGAAUUCGAUAGCAGCUACGAGAAGGGUAAGCAGAUCUUCGUUUAUCUCACCCGCCUGCAAAGUCUCACCGCGCAGUCCAGUCGCCAUUUGUGGAUUCCUGCCAGCAGGUUUUUCCCGAGCAAGUUUCGGAGGGAAAUAAAGUCACUGAAGAAGAAGGUGGAGAAGCUACUCAUGGAGAUCAUAGAUAGCAGGAGAGACAGGGUAGAGAUCGGCCGGAGCUCCUCGUAUGGCAAAGGACUUCUCGGCAUGCUGCUCGCGGAGACCUGCAAGAAGGAAGCCUCCGGCUACACGCUGGAGCUGGUGAUGGACGAGUGCAAAACCUUCUUCUUCGCCGGCCAUGAAACCUCUGCUCUUCUUCUCACAUGGACUGUAAUGCUCCUCGCCACAAAUCCAGAGUGGCAACAGAAGGCUCGCGCUGAAGUCCAGCAGAUCUGCGGCAAUCAGCCUCCAUCCGCCGACCAUCUUCCCAAGCUCACUUUGCUUCAGAUGAUAAUAAACGAGUCCCUACGGCUGUCCCCGCCGGCGACCCUGCUCCCCCGAAUGGCCUUCCAGGACAUGAAGCUCGGCGACUUGCACAUACCCAAGGGACUUUCAGUCUGGAUUCCGGUGCUGGCAAUCCACCACGACGAAAAAAUAUGGGGAAAAGAUGCGCACAGCUUCAACCCGGACCGGUUCGCCGCCCGGUCCUUCGCCAUGACCCGACACUUUCUCCCUUUCGCUUCCGGUCCGAGGAACUGUGUCGGCCAGGCGUAUGCUAUGAUGGAGGCGAAGGUCAUACUGGCCAUGCUGCUCAGCAGCUUCAGCUUCGUCAUCUCAGAGAAUUACAGGCACGCGCCGGUCAAUGUUCUGACGCUUAAACCGAAGCACGGAGUUCAGGUCUACCUGAAGCCGAUCAGGAAUUAGUUGAGCUACAGGGCCAGCAGCGU